CCCCAGAAACAAAAAAUCUGGUCUCUUAGUAAGCUUAUGAUUUACAAUGUGAUUUGCGCAGAAUUAUAUCAAUAACAUCCCGGAGCAGAUGCAUUCUGGAAUCUUCAUGGUUUUCUGGUAGUGUUAUUCUCAGCCCUCAGAGCAUUCAUAGCUUCUGUAUUUCCAGAGAAUUGCACUGUCAGUGCCCCGAAAGAUCAUAACUUAUUUAGCAAUGAUAAACGAAGUUGCUGCAUCAGUUGCUAAAGGUGGUGAUAUCUGCAGUAUCCUUAAUGCUGUAAAUAUUGAUCUCCGGCCUGCAGAUUUUGGGAGUAAUAGUAAAUGUGCUUUCAGCAGUCCUACAGAAGGUUUUGCUUCCAUCUUGGAUGCCAUUGAUGAUAUCCGUCAAGGGAAGAUGGUGGUCAUUUCAGGUGACGAAAAGAGAGAAAGUAAAGGGUAUAUUAUGGUGGCAGCUUCGCAAAUAACACCUGAAGCUAUAGACUUUUUAAUGAACCGAGGAUCUGGGAUCAUCUAUGUGACAGUUGAAGGGGGAGGCUUGGAGAAACUGCAGUCCCCUUUUAUGAAUGUGGAACAUAGCACAACUGCUUGCAUCUCAGCUAAUGACCUGGCAACCACUAUCCUGGCUUUAGCAUCAAGAGAGUCCAAUGUUGAGUACUAUUCUUCUGGUUCUAUUUCUCUGCUCAGAUAUAGAGAGGGAGGUAUUCUGGAAAGAGCUGGGCACAGAGAACCUCCUGGAGAUCUUGCUGUGCUGGCUGGGUUAGAACCGAUUGCGGUCUUGUGCGAGGUUCCUUGUGAUGAUGGUUCAACAGAAAGACUAACCAAGCUUCAUAAAUUUGCCAACGAAGAGAACCUGAAGAUCAUAUCUAUUACUGACCUCAUACGGCACAGAAGAAUAAAUGAUAAAUUGAUUGAGCUUACUGCUAGUGUAAAAAUCCCUACUACGUGGGGGACGUUUACAGCCUACUGUUACCAAUCAAUCACGGAUGGAAUUGAGCAUAUUGCAAUGGUCAAGGGUAAAAUAGGAGAAGGGCAUGAUGUCCUUGUGAGGGUACAUUCAGAGUGUCUAACAGGCGACAUAUUUGGCUCAGCCAGAUGCGACUGUGGGAAUCAACUUGCACUUGCGAUGCAGCUGAUUGAGAGAACUGGCAGAGGUGUAUUGGUCUACAACCGUGGGCAUGAAGGAAGGGGCAUUGGUUUGGGAAAUAAACUUCGUGCUUAUGUUUUACAGGAUGCUGGACUGGACACUGUUGAUGCUAAUAUAGAGCUUGGUUUGCCUGUGGACUCACGCGAGUAUCACAUUAGUGCACAGAUACUGAGGCAUCUGGGAGUUCAAUCUGUGAGACUGUUGACAAACAAUCCUGUGAAAUGUGUUGAACUCAGAAGCUACGGUCUUGCUGUUAUUGACAGAAUACCAGUUGUCGCUACAAUUACAAAGGAGAACGAGAGAUAUCUGGAAACAAAAGGUGCUAAGAUGAACCAUGUGUUUGGUGAUAGCUGUAUGAGUAACAUUAUCAAUGGUAGUGGUUGUUAGCUUCGUUGCCUAAAAACGAUAUCGUUGGCUCUACCAGAGUACUGGAAUGCAGUGGUUCCUUCUUUUCUUGGACAUUGCAUACGAAACGGCUUGUUUUGAUUAUAGUGGACCAGCAUUUUUCUUGAGGAUCUCCAGAAUUUUGCUUCAAAUAUGUGCAAAGCUAAAAUUUGCCUUUUGUAUCAUCUUUUUCUUGAUAUACUACUGUAUGUAUGUAUGUAUGUGCUGUAUGAAUACAUUUAUUCUUCCCUGGCUUCUGUAAUAGAAAUAGCGACUGGUUCAUUUUUGAGUUUCUGAGUUCAUAUUUUCUUAAAAGAUUUUCACAUUCAAUUUGAAAGGGGUUAGAGAAAGCCCAACCAGGCAACCAGCUACGCUCU